UAUUCUUCAUGUCAAUUUCCUCACUUCUCGAGUUGUGUUGAUCCCAACAACCUCAAUUUGGGAAAUUAGGUAGGUUUAAUCCCCCCACUAAUGUCAUCGUUUUAAAAGCCUCCAUCUUUAGACUGCCCACCUAGCAUUUCUACAUCCCAGUAGUUCUCUUCUUUCUUUCCCUCCCUCCCGCAAGGCUAGCCAUAGCCAUAGCCAUAGCCAACCCCCUCUCUAAGAUGGCAGCCGUAACGUCUACUGCCAAAUGUCAACUACAUUCCUCCAAUCCAAAUUCUUCCUCCUUUUCCCACACCCGUUACGGCUUGAUCAAUUUUAGAAAGACCCAGUUGGGAUUCCAACAUAAAAUCCACACGAAAUGGGCUCCGGGGGGUCGUUUGGCGUUGGCUAGUGUGGAGGGAUCUCGGGGCUGUGUCGGGCGGCUUGUUCCUCCUCCUCCUCCUGCUGCCGCUGGUAGGAUUAAGCAGAGAGGACGUGAGGUGAGGUGUACUGCGGAGGGGAUAGAAACGGGGUUGCUGGGCGUUGGCGGGAGAGCCGCCGCCGCCGCCCAAGAGGAGGGUUUCAUGGUCCCGGAGAGGUUCAAGGUGGUGGCUCUGAUGGCCUGUGUGAUGUCCUUGUGCAAUGCUGACAGGGUUGUGAUGUCCGUCGCCGUCGUUCCCUUGGCUGCUAAAUACGGCUGGAGUAACGCUUUCUUGGGCGUCGUUCAGUCAUCGUUCCUUUGGGGAUACAUAUUUUCAUCGGUAAUUGGAGGAGCAUUGGUGGACAAAUAUGGAGGGAAGAGAGUCAUUGCUUGGGGUGCAGCCCUUUGGUCCCUCGCCACUCUUCUUACACCAUGGGCAGCAAAUCACUCCACGGUUGCUCUCUUAGUUGUUCGUGCUUUCUUUGGGCUUGCCGAGGGGGUAGCUCUACCUUCCAUGAAUACCCUUUUGUCCAGGUGGUUCCCGUGUCAUGAACGAGCUACUGCUGUAGGAUUAUCGAUGGGUGGAUUCCAUCUCGGAAACGUUGUGGGAUUAAUGCUAACCCCUUUGGCAAUGUCGUCGAUUGGAAUUUCUGGCCCGUUCAUCCUUUUUGCGUCUCUUGGGCUUCUCUGGCUAACGAUGUGGGUAUUCCGGGUCACGAAUGAUCCACAACAAAGCAAUUCCAUCACAAAGGCAGAGUUGCGGUUGAUUCAAGCCGGAAAAUCUGAUGCUCCCGUGGUUAAGGCCAAACUCCCCCCUAUUCAUCUCCUGCUAUCUAAAAUGCCCACUUGGGCCAUCAUAGUUGCUAACAUUACCAACAACUGGGGAUAUUUUGUUCUUCUUUCCUGGAUGCCGGUGUAUUUCAAAACUGUUUUCAACGUGAACUUGAAGCAAGCGGCUUGGUUUAGUGCUAUACCAUGGGCAACGAUGGCAGUGUCAGGCUAUGUUGCAGGGGCUGUGUCUGAUUCCUUAAUCAAAGCAGGAUAUUCCAUAACAUUUGUCCGGAAAGUCAUGCAGUCUAUUGGCUUCAUUGGCCCCGGAUUGUCAUUGCUCUGUCUGAACUUCGCCAAGACACCCGAGGUUGCAGCCAUAAUGAUUACAAUAGCCCUGAGCUUUAGCUCUUUCAGUCAGGCUGGCUUUUUACUAAAUAUGCAAGAUAUCGCACCUCAAUAUGCAGGAUUCCUCCACGGCAUAUCAAAUUCGUGUGGAACAAUGGCCGCCAUAGUGAGCACGAUUGGAACUGGGUUCUUUGUACAGUGGCUGGGAUCUUUCCAAGCAUUUUUGACACUCACAGCUUGUCUCUACUUCAUCUCUGCCAUUUUCUGGAAUCUUUUUGCCACUGGUGAAAGGGUUUUCUAAACUCAAACUCCAUUCAGUAGCCUAGCUGAAGAUGAAAAAAUACAGAAACAGUGGGGAGAGGAAACCUCAUUGCAAUGCUUCAUUCUUUAGUGUCGUUUAUAUUCUAACAUAUGUCUGGGGAAGGAUCAGACUUAGGAUUGUAUAGAUAUUUAUACAUUUAUAUAUGGAGUAUAUGAUAUAAUAUAUAUAUACAUACA